AUGUUCGACAAGGUAGUCCCGCUAGGCACGCGCCUACACUACCCCAUCACCAUUACCAAGCUCCUCAAAUCACCCGGCGACACGAUCAAGAAGCAGGACAGCCUCUUUGAGUACAAGUUCUUCUGGAAGCGCAAGAUUGGCGAUGAUACUUGGGUCGACGAAACCACGUACACAGAGUUUGACAGCCCAGCCGAGGGCAUCCUCAAACAAUGGCGCAUCCGAGAGGGCAUGGAGGUCGCAGCCGACGCGCCCUGCUUCUUGGUCGAAGAGGCGUGCGGUCACGAGGUUCAGAUGCAGGGCCUAUGCAGCUUGUGCGGCGCUGACAUGACCGAGAUCAACUGGGCCACUGAGGAGCGGGAUACGGAUCGUGCCAUGAUUAACAUGACACACGACCAGACUGCCCUCAUGGUCAGCGAGAACGUUGCCGCGAGGGCCGAGCACGAGUCCCAGAAGCGGCUUCUGCGACAACGAAAACUUACCCUGGUUGUCGAUCUGGACCAGACCAUCAUCCACGCCUGUAUCGAACCUACCAUCGGCGAGUGGCAGCGCGACCCGACGAACCCCAACCACCAAGCUGUCAAGGACGUCAAGAGCUUUCAACUCGACGAUGGUCCACGCGGCCUUGCGAGCGGAUGCACAUACUACAUCAAGUUGCGACCUGGGUUGGCCGAGUUUCUUGAGGAGAUUUCCAAGAUGUACGAGCUGCACGUCUACACCAUGGGUACACGCGCCUAUGCCCUCAAUAUUGCUCGCAUUGUCGACCCUGACAAGAAGCUCUUUGGAAACCGUGUCAUCAGUCGUGAUGAGAAUGGUAGUAUUACUUCCAAGAGUCUUCAGCGUCUGUUCCCUGUUAGCACGGACAUGGUUGUUAUUAUCGACGACCGAGCCGACGUGUGGCCACUGAACCGACCAAACCUGAUCAAGGUGGUACCUUACGACUUCUUCAAGGGUAUCGGCGAUAUCAACUCGAGCUUUCUACCCAAGCGACAGGAUGUCUUGCCGACACUCAAGCAGAAGCCCACAAGUCCCAAGGCAAAGGCAGCACCUAAGGCCUCGCCUCUGGACGAGCUUGUCAGGAUGAGUGGUGGCGACGAUGCUACGAAUUUGAAGAUUCAGACCGAGGAGCAAGAGAAGACACUGGAGAAGCAGCUGACGGAUCGACCACUACUGCACAUGCAAGAGGAGCUGGACAAGGAGGACGAGCAACAAGAUCCCCAGAAUGGCGACUCUUCGCCUGGCCACCACCGGAAUCUUCUUGUUGACGAUGAUGAGGAGCUCAUCGCCCUCCAGGACCAUCUAACUGAUCUGCACACAUCGUUCUACGAGACAUAUGACCGACGACGAGCGGAGCGGAGACAAUCAGAAGGCACACAUCCACCUGCGCACAGCAAAACGAAGCGAAGGGCUUCUGUGGACGACGGUGUUGACUUGUCUAUGGUUCCGGACGCUGGUGAUAUCCUCGACGAGCUCAAGUCUAGUGUUCUUUCUGGCCUUGUUAUUGUCUUGUCUGGUCUUGUACCGCUUGGAGUCAAGGUGGAGGAGUCAGAGAUCGGGAUGCAAGCUCAAAGCUUCGGUGCUCAAGUCCUUGAUACUGUGUCAAAGCGAGUGACGCAUCUCGUCGUGGCCUCCUCACGCCCACGGACAAAGAAGGUGCAGCAGGCAGCCAAGAUUCCCAGCAUUAAAAUUGUGAAUCAGAACUGGCUUACAGACUGUCUCAGUCAAUGGCGACGACUGGAUGAGCGACCAUACUAUCUGGAGAUCCACGACAUGGACCGGGAGAAGGGAGGAGAGGACACCACAGAGGUGCCAUCGGAGGCGGAAGAAGUCGAGGAUGCACAGACAGGACAGGAGCUCAAGGACUUUGACUGGGGUGAGGCCGAAGAUGAACUCGCCGAAUUCAUGGACGACGAUGAAGAUGAUGGCGAGAGCGGUGAAGAUACGGCUACAAACUCUGGUGCCGAGACCAACGACGGAGAUAGUGUGAAGCAAGGGACCAAGCGAAAAAUGAUGGCCGAUGCAGAUGAGUCGGAUAACGACGGAGCAUCAAGCAUAGGCGAGAGUGUUCUUGCUAAGAAGCAGCGACUGGCACGGAAUCGAGGCGCUUCGGGACUGCGGGCAAUACAUACGCCCAACGGCGACGACGCAGAUGAAGACGCGAGCUUACCGACUCCGGGGCCGACAGGGGAUGAAGCAGCGGAUAACAAGAAUGGACUGGUUAAUGCGGAUGAGACGAUGGACUUUGACGAGGACGAGCUUGAGAGAGAGCUACUCGCCGAGUUGGAGGCCGCCGGGGAUUAA